AUGAGAUCUGUGAAUCUGGUGGAAAAUGGCAUACUAGCGCCAAGUCUCAGAUGGUCUUUAACGAUGUCGAUGACAAAGCUAAUGGAAUGGCUAUUUUUUGCAACCAUAUUCCUUGGUUUGUGGUUCUCUGCAAUUACAGGAAACAUUAAGUUAUCAGUUAUUCGAGAAUGGCAUCAAGUUAUAAUUUUCUUGCCUCUUAUCGCAUUGUCCUUAUUUGGAUCGUAUGCAGUUGUUACUGUCCUAUAUAGAGUUUUUACAUUUAACAAUUGUGAAAGUGCAGCUGCUGAAUUACAGCAACAAAUCGAAGAAGCUAAGAAAGAUCUUCAGAGCAAAGGUGUACACUUAAAAGGCGAAAUUGCUUAA